CCGUCUGCUUCUUGGUCUAGGGAGACAGCUUGUGCAUUUUUAUUUAUUUUUUGUUUUGGUGCUCCCUUUCAUUCUCUUGCGCGAUGGUACCAGCGGUACCGGAAAAAAGUAACCAUUUAUUUAUUUUCUUGCAAGAGUCCAGGGCUCUUGCCCAAAUUCACUGAGGGGCAGGGGGAAGGAGGGGAGGGAAAAUCAUCACAUCACCUGCUCCCUCCUCUCCCCUCAAAGUCUCAGUGCAGGAGAAAGUGGUGUAAAAUCCAACACAGCUAACUCUAACUAGCUUCAAAACUUGAGGAUUUGCCAUCUGAUUUCACACCUCUUCCUCCCACACAGUCUGGAAAGCACCCAGCUGUUGCUGAACUUCAACUUCCAUGAUCCCCGGCCUAUUGUGCCUGGGAAUCAUGCAAGUUCGAGUUCAACAACAGUUGGAGAGCCCAGGUUGUCUACCCUGAACUAAUCGGUGCUUAGUCAGCAUAACAUAGGUCACAUUAUACAGUCUGUCCCUUAUCUGCCAAAUCUGCCAUAAUAUCUGCUAGGGAAGAGACCUUAGAAACUGAAUGCCAUGAUGGAGUCACAAUUUUGUGUGGCGUUGUGUAAAUGCUGUUAGAACACAGGCUGUAACUGAAAGUGUUGGGAGAGGUGGAAAGGCCGGGCUAAACAAGUGACAGUCAGAAGCCCUGGUUCAGGCAAGGCCUGAGGCAAACAAAUCCGGACAUGGAAUGCACUGCUUCAAAACAAGGAAAGGAGAAUUAUAGUAGUUUACUGCAUGGGAGAACAGGAAGAAAGACAGACAGACAUUACAACAAACAAGUUCCGCAUUUCUCAUCCGUUUUAUAAAGCAAAAAACCAUUUGCCACAUCCAUGGCACUCAGGAGGCACAUGAAGAAUUUUGUAAAACAUUAUUCUGAAGCCGAGAUAAAAGUUAGAGAGGCAACUUCUAAUGAUCCCUGGGGCCCCUCUAGUUCUCUAAUGUUAGAGAUCAGUGAUCUGACAUACAACACAGCUUCUCUUUCUGAGAUUAUGAACAUGAUAUGGCAUAGGAUGAAUGACCAUGGAAAGAACUGGAGGCAUGUAUACAAGUCUCUUACACUCUUGGAUUAUCUCCUUAAAAAUGGAUCAAAGAAAGUCAUACAGCACUGUCAAGAGGGUUUCUUUAGCAUUCAGAUGUUAAAGGAUUUCCGUCAUUUAGAUGAAGCUGGAAAAGAUCAAGGUUUUCAUGUGAGGGAGAAGUCUAAGCAAGUCAUUGCCUUAUUAGCAGAUGAACAGCUGUUGCAUAAUGAACGUGAAAUAGCACGUCGGACGAGGCGGCGCACUUCAUAUGCGAUGCUCUUCCCUCAAAAAACUUCUGGAAAAGCUUAUGCACCAACCAUGGCUGCUUCAGAUCCCAUUUCAGGGUUUCCAGAAAAUGUCCAGUAUUUCCUGCCUAAGGCAUCACUUCCAGCAGAGCAAAGCCACCCAGCUCAGACAUUAGGCAAAACAGAGAUAGUCCAAGAAACAACAGCACUCAAUAUUGUUUCAAAGAAAUCAUCAGAGGACUUGAUAAUCUUUAGCGAGGAUGAACCUUCAACCACUUCUGUGCAAUCAACAUUUCCUACCAGAUUCUCUAGGGAGGAAUCUGCAAUGGCAACAGAUACCAAAGCAUCAGCCAGUGAACCCUGGAAUGCAAGUACUGUUCUGAGUCCCUCAGAAAGAGGUCCAUUGCCUUUGAAAAAGUGGGAUUCAAGCCGGAAAUCAAAGAGCUCUAUCAUUUCCAGAGUUAUGAUGAAAUCUCCCCCAAGGAAGCUGUCUGGAAAGGCCUACAAAGCUGGAGCAACUUUCUUCAAUGCUUGUUCAUCAGGUCCAGAGGAGUUUAUUGCUACCAACACUCGGGACUCAAAGACAGAAUUUGCCCCCUGUACCAGUGGAGCCUCUGUUGAGACCAUCUACAGAUCUUCUGCAUUUCAGGGUUUUGCUCCUUUGGGAAAAAAUAUAACAAACAGCAUGAAAUCGACUCCAACUUCCUCCAAGCAGUUCUAUGGGCCUAAUACACCUAGCCUGCAAAACCUCAGCUUCACAUUGCCAAACACUUUACAGACAGAUGGCUUAAGCAGUCAUCCUUCCCCAAGGCCAGACUCCGCCAGCUCAGUGGGAACGACCUCCUUUUCUACUUUCUCCAUGUCACCCCCUGAAUCAGUUGUUCCAAACAACACACCACAGACUCAUUGUGUUCCUUCCCAUGGAACUUCUUAUUUGUCUUCAUCACAUGGACUCUCUUCUCUUCUCUUUAAAGAUCUCAAGGAAAGGAUUGUACAUUCCUUUUCUCCUUUCUCAAUGUCUGAUGCAGAUGAAAAUGAAAAUGCUAGCAUUUUAAACCUCCUCCCAGAUAAUUCAAAAGAAGUGAAUAAUUGUAGGAGUAGAACUUGCCGGGCUUUUGGAGAGAGUUUCAUGCACAAUGUAACUUCAGUGUCUAAUCCUAGCAUGCCUCCUGCUGCAAAUCUUCCUAGUGCAGACCUUCUCUGUGUGAGCGCUGAACAUAAAGGCAUGACCAUUCUGGAAGAGAUUAAAAAUGCAGUUUGUGGACUGAGAGGGGACUUCUGCAGUAUGGCACAGGAGCUCCAUAUCAUCAGUAGUGAGUUGACAAAUAUGGUAGCUUUCAUUCAGAAUUUGAACAUGUUCUUGGCAACUCCCCAGACUCCUAAAGAUGUCCCUGGACAAAUGUCGUUUUCACAACAGCCAGCUCCUUAAGGUGCUUUGAAUUGUUUAUGCAUUCUUUCUUACUAAUCUGCCUUAUGUAGCUCACCAGAUCUCAUAGUUUAAAGUUGAAGUAAACAGAUAUGGAUGUAUGUACAGAUCUGUUAUAUUCUUGUUAUGGAAAAUAAAUUGUUUACAUCUUUUAA